AUGACGGCCGUCGACUACUACCGCGUGCUGAAUGUCGCCACCACUGCGUCAACAAAGACGAUCAAGACCGCGUACCUUCAACUCGCCAAGUCGCUCCAUCCAGACGUGACAGGCAAUGACAAGACCAAAGCAGAGCGCUUUAAGCACGUGAGUGAGGCUCAUGCGGUGCUCACGGACGCUCAACGACGACGGGCGUACGACGCCUCGCGUCCAGUACAGAGCUUUCGGCCUCAUGAUACAUCCGGGACAACAGCGCAUCCGUACGCAGCGACUGGAGGGGCGCCAGACCUUCGAGCACGUCCGCUCUAUGGAAUCAAUGAAGCCGUCUGGCUGGCCCACCACUACGGACCAGAAGCUGCUCGACGGGACCACAUGCCGCCGUACUCGUACGGCCAAGAUGUCGUAGAGGAAAAGCUCGAGCAGCAACGCGAGCGCAUUCGCCGUCGUCAACGCCAUUUCAAACUGAACCGGACGGCUGGAUACUUUUUGCGGCGGGAGGCUCGCUUGCAAAAGUACGAAGACGAACAAGCAGAAGCGCAAGCAAGAAAGGAACAUGAGGACGACAAGAACAAGUCGCAAGGCCACUGUGUCAUCAGUUGA